UCCAUCCACCAUCCAUCUAGCAACCCGUACGGCGACGUUUUACGCGUAGGCCUUUGGAGUUGCACGCCGACGCGCCAUCCCCCGGCAACGGCCAAAAGCCAAAACAAUCCGGAGCUAGAAAAAAAUUCCUUUGCUCACUCACGCACAGACGCAACCCCAGCCAGCCAGUCAGCAGAGCAACCACGUACAGAGUACCUAGCUGCUGCUUGCUCCCGGUUCCAGCGACGGCGAAGAUUAAGCAGGGGGAAAUGGUUGGCGGCGGCGGGUUCUUGCUCCGUCUCCUCCUAAUCCCGCUCCUGCUCCUGGAUCUCGGCUCCGGCAAUGGAGGCCGGUGCGCCGCGCAGAAGCUGCCCGAGCAAGAAGUUCAAGCUCUCAAAGGUAUAGCACGCAAGCUUAAUAAAAUGGACUGGGAUUUCAGUGUUGAUCCAUGCAUUGGCUCUGGAGCUUGGGUCAAGUCCGAUGGAUUAAUUGUCAGCAAUGUGACAUGUGAUUGUUCAUUGCAGAACCACACUGAGUGUCAUAUUAUUAGCUUGCAGCUUAUGCGUCUGAAUCUUAGUGGAGUUCUCCCUGAAGAGGUUGUCAACCUUACUUAUCUACGGUAUCUUGAUUUAUCACGCAACUUCAUUCAAGGACCCAUUCCAGCAUCCUGGGCUACCCUACGAGUUUUUAACCUGUCUCUUCAGGGAAAUCGCAUAUCUGGAACACUACCUAAGGAGCUUGGACGGAUGCCAAUGUUGAAGUCUAUACAGCUAGAAGCCAACCAGCUCGAGGGCCCUAUUCCACCAGAACUGGGUAACAUCAUCAGUUUGGAGAGAUUUUUCAUUUCUGCAAAUUACAUCACAGGAGAGUUGCCCUCAACCUUUUCCAGGCUGACAAAUAUGACAGAUCUUCGAAUUGAUGGGAAUAAUAUCUCAGGAAGGAUACCUAGUUUCAUAAAGAAUUGGCAACGGGUCAACAGAAUAGAUAUGCAGGGUACCUUAAUGAGUGGUCCUAUACCUUCAGAAAUAGCUUUCUUGAGGAACUUAACAGAACUGAGGGUGUCUGAUCUGAGUGGACCAAGCAUGAAAUUUCCUCCAUUACAAAAUGCGCAGUACCUUGCAGAAUUGGUUCUAAGAAAUUGCUCCAUUUAUGGGGAAUUGCCAGUUUACCUCGGUCAAAUGCAGUAUCUGAAAGUAUUAGAUCUAAGCUUCAACAAGUUUUCUGGUCAAAUCCCAGUAAAUUUUGGAGGAAUGGCGGCACUACAAUUUUUGUACUUAACUGACAACAUGCUGACUGGAGAUUUGCCUGCAUGGAUGUUGAAAAACAAAGCAAGCAAUAAAGUAAACAUGGAUGUGUCAUAUAAUGACUUCACUGGUAACCCUCCAACUGAGUGUCAGCAAGCAAAUGUAAACAUGGUGUCUAGCUUUUCAUUUUCAAAUGACAAUUCGUUGCGGCCAUGUUUAAGAAGGAACCUUCCCUGCAUGGGCAAACCACGAUAUUCCUCCCUGUUCAUUAACUGUGGUGGCAGAAGUGUUGUGAUUGAUGGGAAUGUCUAUGAGGAUGACUCAUCUCAAAUUGGAACAUCAACUUUUGUUUCAUCUGAUGAUAGAAAGUGGGCUUAUAGUAGUACAGGUGAUUUUGUGGGUAAUGAAAAUGCUGACUACAUUGCUAGAAACACAACAAAACUUGCACUGGCUCAUUAUGAGUUAUACACUGAAGCUCGCCUCUCGCCUCUCUCGCUGAAAUAUUAUGGCCUUUGCAUGGAGAAUGGUGAAUACCUAGUACAGCUUCAUUUUGCUGAGAUUGUGUUCACAGAAGAUCAUACUUAUUCUAGCAAUGGCAAGCGUAUUUUUGAAGUCUUGAUCCAGGGUGCUAAAGUUUUGAAGGAUUUUAACAUUCAAGAUGAGGCUGGUGGUGUUCACCGGGCAAUCACAAUGAAUUUCACAACCAAUAUCACAGAGAAUACAUUGGAAAUCCACUUCUACUGGGGAGGGAAAGGUACCACGGCUAUACCUUACCGCGGUGUGUAUGGUCCAUUGAUCUCAGCCAUAUCUGUGACGCAACUGCGCCAGAACCACCAUGGUAUCUCUACUGGGGUGAUCAUUACCAUAAUUGCAGCAUCAUGUCUAGCUAUCAUACUUCUGCUAACAGCCUUCUACAUAAAGGUCUUCCGUAAAGGGAAUAGGAAAGUAAAUGUGCGUACCACAGGUAGACAUUUCUUUGAUCAUGGAAGGAAAGCCAAUACUUCAGAGCUUCAGACAAGGGCACAAUACUUCUUUAGCUUAAAGGAGAUCGAGUCUGCAACAGAAUAUUUUGCUCCUGCAAAUAAGAUAGGCGAGGGUGGCUUUGGACCUGUUUACAAGGGUACUCUCACAGAUGGUACUACAGUUGCUGUGAAGAAACUUUCCUCAAAAUCAAGCCAAGGGAAUCGUGAGUUUCUAAACGAGAUAGGAAUAAUAUCUGCUCUUAGGCAUCCAAACCUUGUGAGGCUCUAUGGUUGUUGCAUUGAUGGAGAUCAGCUGCUGCUUAUAUAUGAAUUCCUGGAAAAUAAUAGUCUUGGACGUGCGCUAUUUGGCCGCGUGGAACGUCAGUUGAAAUUAGACUGGCCAACAAGGUAUAACAUCUGCCUUGGAACGGCGAAAGGCCUGGCUUAUCUUCAUGAGGAAUCAACAUUGAAAAUCAUACACAGAGAUAUUAAACCAUCAAAUAUUCUUCUUAAUGAAAGACUGCAACCUAAAAUAUCUGAUUUUGGUUUGGCUAAGCUGAAUGAUGACUCUAGGCGUGUGAGCACUCGGAUUGCUGGAACUGUUGGAUAUAUGGCUCCUGAGUAUGCCACAAGAGGUUGUUUGACUCGUAAAGCGGAUGUCUACAGUUUUGGAGUGGUGACAUUAGAGAUUAUUAGUGGAGCGAGCAAUACAAAUAGCAUGUCAAAUGAAGAUUAUCUCCAUAUUCUUGAUUUGGCUGAAAGAUUGAAGCAGCAAGAGAGACUUCUAGAAAUUGUGGACCAGCGUCUUGGUUCUGACUAUUCUCAAGAAGAGGCGCUGAUGAUGCUAAAUGUAGCUCUUCUAUGUACAAACACAUCGCCGACUCAGCGGCCGAGAAUGUCUUCAGUGGUGAAGAUGCUUUGUGGUCAAACCCCUAUCGAGGUUACACCAGAUGAUGACCUACGCGAAGACUUACGAUUCAAUAUCACGCGAUCUCGCCAAUCCAUGAACAGCAGAACAGAUUGGUCCUGUGCGCCACAGAGUGAUCCUUCAAUCUUGCUGCACGGCAGUAACGACAGCGGUUACCUCCCGUCUUCGAGCUCUUCUUCUCUGAAGCUGUGAGCCCUUGGCACCAAGAAUAGCUAGGUUGACAAUGCUGGCAAUUGUUUGGGCCCGUUUCAGCAACUGUAUACAGGCAAGUUUUAAUGUUUCCUGUUCCAAACGCUGCAUGUUGCUGGGCAGUUGCCAUUCAGGUUUUGUAUCGAGUAUCCCACUUCGAUCUGUUGUUCCAAAGUGUCUCGUUCUUCCAAGAGGAACGAAGGAUAUGUGAUUUGAGUUAUGUUCAAACAAGCUGUGAACUUGAUUGAACUCAGGAAGUUAAUUGGAAACUGGAGCAAGCAGUUUUGUAGCGUGUUCACCUUCUGCAUCCAGUGAUUAUCUAGUAAA